UCUCUUUCUCCCCUCUUCCUACUCCUCCUUCUCCUCCUUCUCCUCUUCCCCCCUCCCCCCUCUCUCUCUUGGCAGAAAAGUUCUACUGGAAGGACCAACUGACCAAUCGCAUGGCCAUGUUGCUUCUGUGGAUCCUCUCCCUGGCUGCCUCCUUUCUCCUGCCUGCCACUGGGGAAGUGGUGAGCAGUUUCCAACACUGCAGUCAGUUCUUCUUUAAUGGAAACCCCCCCUCCAACCUGGUGCCACUGAAUCCAGCCAGAAUCUGCCAGUACUAUAUGGGCAGCUAUCGAUUUGCCACAAUGUAUGACAAAGAUGGGCACAUCCCCCUGUUCUCAGCCUAUAAAUAUUAUCCUGGUCCAGGUGCAACACAGAUGGAUUGGAAGAUUGAGCCACAGCUUGCACAGCCUUGGGAUCAUGAGAGAAGAAGCAUGGAACCGGAAGGGACCUGUCGAAUCGACCCCCUUUUACUUGCAAAAAGCCAGGCUGUAUGGAGCGAUUACGUCAACGCUAUCCAAUACAACAAGGGACAGUUGGCGCCAGUAUCCCACCAACCGGAUGAGAAUUUCAAAUCUGCAACCUACACCUUCACCAAUAUCGUGCCCCAGUAUCAGGAACUCAUAAAUGGAAAAUGGGCCGAAUUUUUGAGUACUAUGAGACAAAAUACAGCAGAAUGCAGUGAAACAUAUGUCAUUGUGGGCGUGGUGCCCGGUGACGAGUUCAUCUCUGGUGGCCGAGUGAAUAAGCCGAGUCAUAUGUGGGCUGCAGUUUGUUGCCUGACCAAAAACGACAAAAAAAAGUCCUUCGGAGUCAUUGCUGAAAAUAAUCAGGAUAAGGUAGAAUGGGCUAUCCUGAAGGACCUGGAAAGUAAACUGAAUCACAAAUACGGGAAGAAAGGAAUUGAUCUUUUCAAUGGCGAUUGCUAUUGAUAAGAUUAAUAAUCAAUAAGGUCAUUCUCUGUCUGCAAAACAGAGUUCAGAGACACCCCCACCCCCCAAAAAUGCAAAGUAUAUCCGUAGCAGCUUAGUUCUUCAACAUAUGGAAUGAAUUUUGUUAUUAUAAUCCUAGUUUGAUUUGUAUCAUUUUUUGGGGCUCAAUCUUGUGCAAAUUCAGACUGUUUGAUUAAUUUCUGGUGCGGAUUAUGGAGCAAACGCAGAAAAUAAAUUAAUCCAAUAAUGCGAUGAAGGGUGCAAUGAUGACACAAUUAACAGUUUUCAGUCAAUUGCAUAGUGCGGGUUGGAAGAAGAUCAAACUUCAUUUCACGCUCAAUAGGGCUUCGAUUUGACACAGGUCGUUCUCAGCUUACAACCAUUUAACAACUGUUUGAAUUGAUGACAAGACUAAAAAAACUACUAACAAUCUAUGUGUGACUGUUGCACUGUCCCAUGGUCCCAUGGUCAAAAUGUGGCUGCUUGGCCUGUAUUUAGGAUGGUUGCAGUAUCCCGAGCGUUGUGAAAAUUGGGUGUGACCCACUUCACCAUAACAUCGCUUAGUGACAGAGUUCCUGUUCCAAUUGAGGUCGAAAGCUGAUGCCUUUCUGUACGCAACUGCUUGAAUGCUUUCUCUGUCGCUUUCUUAGUCCCUGCAAUAAACCUGCUUAUCAAAGA